UGUCUGGUGGCGGUGACAUCAUGUCAAGAUUGGGAAAUCACCACGAUAGAGGGCGUCGGCAACCGUCUGAAGGGCUACCAUCCCAUACAGAAGACCCUCGCCAAGCUCAACGGCACCCAGUGCGGGUACUGCUCGCCUGGAUGGGUCAUGGCUAUGUACGGUCUCUUACAGAGCAACGAGAACCUUAACAUGUUGGAGAUAGAGAAGUCAUUCGGCAGCAACGUGUGUCGCUGCACCGGCUACCGGCCCAUCUUGGAUGCCUUCAAAAAAUUCGCCUCCGACGCUCCAAAAUUAGACAUAAUGGACAUAGAGGACCUCGAGAUUUGCAAGAAAACUGGGAAACACUGUAGAAAAGGCAGUGAAAGUGACUGGUGCUUAGUAGAGGAACAUGAUGUUAAAGCGGCGGAGAAUAUAGAGAUAAAGCUGAUAGAUGGAAGGUAUUUUACUAAGGUGCAUCGAGUUAGUGAUAUAUUUGAAGUGCUGAAGAAGAAAGGAGAUGGGAGCUAUAUGCUUGUUGCUGGAAAUACAGCUAAAGGAGCCUAUCCCAUAGACAAAUACCCCAAAGUCCUAAUCGACAUCUCCAGCGUGGAAGAGCUGAAAGGCUACAGUUUCGACCAGAACCUGGUCCUCGGGGCCGGAACCACGCUGUCUGAGACGAUGAAGACGUUUCAAACCGUGUCGUCUUCGGAAGACAACUUCUGGUAUUUGGAGAAAUUGAGGGAGCAUUUGGAUUUGGUGGCUCAUAUUCCUGUUAGAAAUUUGGGAUCGAUAGCCGGUAAUCUGAUGGUCAAACAUAAGCACAACGAUUUCCCGUCAGAUGUUUUCCUUUUAUUGGAGACUAUUGGAGCCUACUUAACCAUUCAACAAGCUGAUGGGCGACUAACAAAAGUGACUCCUCAGGAAUUCCUCAAAGUGGAUAUGAAGGGAAAAGUUAUGCUAAACAUUCUUCUUCCUCCUCUUGGGAAGAAUUACAAACUCGCGACGUUUAAGAUCAUGCCGCGUGCCCAAAACGCGCACGCGAUGGUGAACGCCGGCUUCUUAUACAACCUAGACGAAUCCAGCACUGUCAAAGAGGCUAGAAUAGUCUACGGAAACAUCAACCCGCGCUUCGUGCACGCUAAAGAAACGGAGAAAUUCCUGGUCGGGAAGAAACUGUUCACUAAUGAGACGCUACAGGGCGCUAUCAAGGCGUUAGAGAAAGAGUUGGUGGCAGAGGAGCACCCGCCGGAACCGUCGGCUAAAUAUAGGAAGAAUUUGGCUAUCAAUUUGUUUUAUAAAGGUCUUCUCUCCCUGUGCCCGCCCUGGCAGCUGGACGCUCGCUACGCCUCCGGAGCGAUAACCCUGAGCAAGACUCGUCCCGUCUCCAGUGGUAAACAAGAAUUCGUUACCAACCCUAAGCUCUAUCCGAUCAACAAGCCUAUUGAGAAAGUUGAAGCGUUGAUCCAGUGUGCAGGUGAGGCACCGUACUCGGAAGAUCUGCCGAGCUUGCCGCACGAAGUGUUUGGCGCCUUCGUGCUCGCUUCCGUGCCCAUCGGCGACCUCGACAAUAUUGAUCCCAGCGAAGCUCUCCGGCAUCCAGGCGUCGUCGCAUUUUACUCAGCCAAAGACAUUCCCGGAACAAACGCCUUUACUCCCGGCGACAACGCUUUCUUCCUCAAACGAGAAGAAGUAUUCUGCUCCGGUGCAGUCCGAUACAACGGACAACCUAUCGGAGUCAUCGUAGCUGAAACUAGAGCCAUUGCCGAAUACGCUACGAAACUAGUUCACGUUAAAUACAAAGGUGUUUCUAAACCUGUGAUCGACAUAAAUGAAGCAAUGAAGUAUCCCGCUAGAGUGAGAAAGGCUGGAGAAAAGGAUGGUGGUGGUGAAGAGAAAGGAGUGUUGUUUAAUAUUAUAAGAGGGAAGCAGACGAUAUAUCAGCAGUCGCACUUCUGUAUGGAGACGUUGGCGAGCGUAGCGAAGCCUACGGAGGAAGGUUUAGAGUUGCAUUGUACGACGCAGCAUAUGGAUGGAACGCAGAUUGUGAUAUCGCGGGCUCUUAAUAUACCUGAACACAAGAUAGACAUCCACGUACGUCGGCUAGGAGGAGCGUACGGUGUGAAGAUCUCCCGCGGCUCAAUGGUAGCGGUGGCGAGCGCGCUGGUAACAUACAAGCUGAACCGACCAUGUCGCAUCAUACUCCCGCUUACUACUCUGUCCAAGGCUAUUGGCAAGCGGUUCCCUUGCACUACGGAGUAUGAGGUUGGAGUAGAUCUAUUUGGAAAAGUGAGGUAUGGCAAAGAAAAUCUUUACAUGGAUAAUGGAUACGUUGUCGAUGAACCGCUAUACAUAUGGACGUUGGAAGUUUACCAGAACUGCUAUGAGAAAUUGCGAUGGCUUUACAAAGUCUACGACGUUACUACAGACACCGCUAGUAAUACUUGGUGCAGAUCUCCAGGUACUCUGGAAGCGAUAGCUAAUAUGGAAUUCAUCAUGGAGCGUAUAUCGUACGAGUUGUCAAUAGAUCCUCUUACGGUCAGGUUGCGAAAUUUAGAUCUAGCCGCUAUUGAACUGAGAUUUAUGGUGGAGAGAGUUAAAAAGGAAGGCCAAUACACGGAGAGAAGAGAUGCCGUCGACAAAUUCAAUAGUGAAAACAGAUGGAAGAAACGAGGUUUAAGAUUUUCUCUAUUACGCUGGCAGGGCAUUGGUAACCAGAUCCUAGACGUAAACAUGUCAGUGUAUUACGACGAUGGGACUGUAUCUAUUACCCACGGCGGCAUCGAGAUGGGCCAGGGUUUGAAUACCAAGGCGGUUCAAAUUGCUGCUCAUUUUCUGGGAAUACCGGUGGAAAAGAUUCAGAUUAAAUCGAAUAAUACUAUUUCGGCACCUAAUGGUCUUAUAUCGGGGAAUAGUACGACUUCAAUGUCUGUUGGGAUGGGUGUUCAAAGAUGUUGUGAGAAGUUAUUGGCAAGGUUGGCUCCUUUAAGACUUUCACUGUUAAAUCCUAGUUGGGAGGUAUUGACAAGAGCGGCGUAUACGGCCCAAAUAGACCUGCAGACGCACGGGUUUGUCUCUUUAAAGGAUUUGUUGAAACCUGACGUGUUGGGUGUGACAUUGGCUGAGGUGGAAAUUGAUGUUCUGACUGGAGAGUGGGAGUUAUUAAGGGUUGACAUACUAGAGGAUGCUGGCAUCAGUAUUAGCCCGAAUGUGGACAUCGGACAGGUAGAAGGUGCUUUCAUCAUGGGCCUCGGAUACUGGACCACAGAGGAAAUGGUAUUUGACCAGAACACCGGCGAGGUGCUCACGAACCGCACAUGGAAUUAUCACGUGCCACAAGCGCGGGACAUUCCGCAGGAUUUCCGCGUCUAUUUUAAGGAUAAAUCGAUACCAGACCCUCGAGUUCUUGGAGCCAAAGCGAUCGGUGAGCCCCCAAUCUGCAUGGCAGUGGCGGUCCCGUUCGCGCUGCGUGAAGCCAUCGUUGCUGCCAGGAGCGAUGCCGGGAUAUCUUCUAAAGAGUGGUUCCCGAUAGAUGGCCCAUACAGCAGGGAAGCUAUACAAAUGCACACAGUAACGAAACAUAGUGACUUUAAAUUUCACUAA